AAUAAAAGGAAUCUGUUGUCAUUUUAAAUAGUGGUAACGCUCCGAUUGUCUCGCCUGUUUAAUCCCACCGUUACCAAGCUUUGUUCUUCACUUCCAAUCUUACCUUUUUCCUUUCCCUCCAAAUCCCGUCUUUUUUUCUCUUCCAAUUUUGCCCCUUUCUCGGCCUUUUCCUAUUCCAACCCUUUCCGUUCCACCCCGCCGCCCUUCGUCCGCUGCACCAUGACUGACGCCGCCUCCGCUGUCGAUGCUGGCAUGGACGCCGUCCAGAGACGCCUCAUGUUCGAAGACGAAUGCAUUUUAGUGGAUGAGAAUGAUCGUGUUGUUGGUCAUGAAAACAAAUACAACUGUCACUUGAUGGAGAAGAUUGAAUCUUUAAAUCUGCUCCAUAGAGCUUUCAGUGUAUUUUUAUUUAACUCAAAAUAUGAGUUACUCCUCCAGCAACGUUCUGCAACGAAAGUGACAUUCCCUCUUGUAUGGACUAACACUUGCUGCAGUCAUCCUCUUUACCGUGAAUCUGAGCUUAUUGAUGAGGAUGCUCUUGGGGUGAGAAAUGCUGCCCAAAGAAAGCUUCUGGAUGAGCUUGGCAUUGUUGCAGAAGAUGUGCCAGUUGAUCAGUUCACCCCUCUUGGUCGCAUUCUCUACAAGGCACCUUCUGAUGGCAAAUGGGGUGAACAUGAACUUGAUUACCUGCUCUUCAUCAUCCGAGAUGUUAAAGUCAAUCCAAAUCCCGAUGAAGUAGCUGAUGUCAAAUAUGUGAACCAGGAACAGUUGAAGGAACUUCUGACUAAAGCAGAUGCUGGAGAGGAAGGUUUGAAGCUGUCACCUUGGUUCAGACUUGUUGUCGACAAUUUUUUGUUCAAAUGGUGGGAUCAUCUUGAGAAGGGAACUCUCAAGGAAGUGGCUGACAUGAAAACCAUCCACAAGUUGAGCUAAGAAUUCAAGCAGUUGGCUUGGAGUCAUGCAAUGUUGUGGCUGCAUUCAACUUCAUAACACUACUGGGCUACAAGUAAUCAUCAUUUCAUCGUUUCAGUGUUUACCUUCUCUUUUCUUAUAUGCAACUUUUAGACUAUUUCCGUGGUUUCUUUAAUUUAGAGGAGUUUAACUGCCAGAACCAAACGGCUUUGUGCUUAAAUUUUUGUUUGGAGUGACAGAUUGUGAUGAUGCUUGUAUUUGCACUCUUGUUUUCUUCUAGUCAUGCGAAACUGUUGUACUGGUAAA